AUGUCGGACAUAGUGAAGCUUACGUUCAAGGACCUCAAGAAUGAGCGGUUUACCAUCGAAGCUGGUACUGCUGAUACCAUCUCAACAGUCAAAGCAAGGAUCCAGACCGAGAAAGGAUGGGAGCCAUCUACCGUGAAGCUCAUCUACUCUGGUAAAAUCCUGCAAGACGCACAGACCGUGGGAUCAUACAACAUUGACGAAAAGGGCUUCAUUGUUUGUAUGGUUUCUAAGGCAAAGACUGCCCCAAAGGCUUCAUCAUCGAGUAGCGCUGCUGCUCCAUCCACGCCGGUCAAAUCUUCCACACCAGUUCAAACACCUUCCGCCCCGAUUGCGAAUGCUGCUUCAUCAUCUACUGUCCCAGCUGCCGUUCCAGAAACACCAACACCUGCUCCACAAGUUGCUGCCACAUCACAGCCAACAACAGCCGCCUUUAAUGACCCAUCUUCCCUGGCCAUGGGCUCUGCCCGCGAGAGCGCCAUUCUACAGAUGACUGAGAUGGGUUUCCCGAGACCGGAUGUCGAAGCCGCGAUGCGUGCCGCUUUCAACAAUCCGGAUAGAGCUGUUGAAUACCUUAUGACUGGUAUCCCAGAGCACCUCCAGAGAGAGGCACCUCCUGCUCAAUCUUCGCGAGCACCACCUACGCAGCCAACCACAGGCGCAACAGCUGCUCCAGCUGCUACGACCGAAUCUCAACCUGCUGCUGCUGCCGCCGCUGCUGCCGAUGUCGACGAGCCUGUCAAUCUCUUCGAAGCCGCUGCUGCCCAAAGAUCAGGGAGUCGUGGCACCCCAGCUGGUGGCCGUGGAGGUGCUGCAGUUAAUCCAUUGGCAGCUCUUGCAGGUGGCGGCGGUGCCAAUCUCGACUUCCUUCGCAACAACCCACAAUUCCAACAGCUAAGACAAGUCAUUCAGGAACACCCACAGAUGCUCGAGCCAAUUCUCCAACAGGUCGGUCAAGCUAACCCACAGCUUGCCCAGUUGAUCUCGACCAAUCCCGAGGGUUUCUUGAGACUUCUGGGCGAGGGAAUCGAUGAGGAAGAGCUUGCUGGUGCAGCUCCCGGGGGCGGUUUGGCCAUCCACGUUACCGAAGAGGAGCGAGACGCAAUUGAAAGACUUUGUCAACUCGGUUUCGAGCGUGACGUUGUCAUCCAGGCUUACUUCGCAUGUGAUAAGAACGAGGAAAUGGCUGCAAACUUCCUGUUCGAGAACCCACAAGACCCGGAACCUUAA